GGCGGGCCCAGAGGGAGGAAGCUGCGGCGCCCGGCGGGAGAGGUGCCGAGGCACGCCGAGGCUCCCCGUGCUGGCUGCGCCCGCGCCCCGCGGCCCCCGCUGCGCGUUGCCAUGCCCUCCUACACCGUCACCGUGGCCACCGGCAGCCAGUGGUUCGCGGGCACCGACGACUACAUCUACCUGAGCCUCGUGGGCUCCGCGGGCUGCAGCGAGAAGCACCUGUUGGACAAGCCCUUCUACAACGACUUCGAGCGCGGCGCGGUUGAUUCUUACGAUGUGACAGUGGAUGAAGAACUGGGCGACAUCCAACUGAUCAAAAUCGAGAAGCGCAAGUACUGGCUCCACGACGACUGGUACCUGAAGUACAUCACAGUGAAGACGCCCUGUGGGGAUUACAUUGAGUUCCCCUGCUACCGCUGGAUAUCGGGCGAGGGCGAGAUUGUCCUGAGAGAUGGACGAGCGAAGUUGGCCUGUGAUGACCAGAUUCACAUUCUCAAGCAGCAUAGACGCAAAGAACUGGAAACACGACAAAAACAGUAUCGAUGGAUGGAGUGGAACCCUGGCUUCCCCUUGAGUAUUGAUGCCAAAUGCCACAAGGAUUUACCCCGAGAUAUCCAGUUCGAUAGUGAGAAGGGCGUGGACUUCGUUCUGAACUACUCCAAAGCGAUGGAGAACCUGUUCAUCAACCGCUUCAUGCACAUGUUCCAGUCGUCCUGGAGCGACUUCGCCGACUUUGAGAAAAUCUUUGUCAGGAUCAGCAACACUAUUUCUGAGCGGGUCAUGAAUCACUGGCAGGAAGACCUCAUGUUUGGCUAUCAGUUCCUGAAUGGCUGCAACCCUGUGAUGAUCCAGCGCUGUCUGAAGUUGCCAGACAAUCUGCCGGUGACCACAGAGAUGGUGGAGUGCAGCCUGGAGCGGCAGCUUACCCUGGAGCAGGAGGUCGAGCAAGGGAACAUCUUCAUCGUGGACUUUAAACUGUUGGAUGGCAUCGAUGCCAACAAAACAGACCCCUGCACUCUGCAGUUCCUGGCUGCGCCCAUCUGCUUGCUGUACAAGAAUUUGGCCAACAAGAUUGUCCCCAUUGCCAUCCAGCUCAACCAGGUGCCGGGAGAAGAGAAUCCCAUUUUUCUCCCUUCGGAUGCAAAGUAUGACUGGCUCCUGGCCAAGAUCUGGGUGCGCUCCAGUGACUUCCAUGUUCACCAGACCAUCACCCACCUUCUGCGCACACAUCUGGUGUCUGAGGUGUUUGGCAUCGCCAUGUACCGCCAGCUGCCUGCCGUGCACCCCAUUUUCAAGCUCCUGGUGGCACACGUGCGGUUCACCAUCGCCAUCAACACCAAGGCCCGGGAGCAGCUCAUCUGCGAGUACGGCCUCUUUGACAAGGCCAAUGCUACCGGGGGCGGUGGGCAUGUGCAGAUGGUGCAGAGGGCCAUGCAGGACCUGACCUACACUUCCCUGUGCUUCCCUGAGGCCAUCAAGGCCAGGGGCAUGGACAACACGGAAGACAUUCCCUACUACUUCUACCGGGACGACGGGCUCCUGGUGUGGGAGGCCAUCAAGACGUUCAUAGCAGAGGUGGUGGACAUCUACUACAAGAGCGACCAGGUGGUGGAGGAGGACCAGGAGCUACAGGACUUUGUGAAGGAUGUUUAUAUGUACGGCAUGCGGGGCAAGAAGGCCUCAGGCUUCCCCAAGUGCAUCAAGACCAAGGAGAAGCUGUGUGAGUACCUGACCGUGGUGAUCUUCACAGCCUCAGCCCAGCAUGCGGCGGUGAACUUCGGCCAGUAUGACUGGUGCUCCUGGAUCCCCAACGCCCCCCCGACCAUGCGAGCCCCACCACCGACGGCCAAGGGUGUGGUCACCAUCGAGCAGAUCGUAGACACGCUGCCCGACCGUGGCCGCUCCUGCUGGCAUCUGGGCGCAGUGUGGGCACUGAGCCAGUUCCAGGACAAUGAGCUGUUCCUGGGCAUGUACCCGGAGGAGCAUUUCAUCGAGAAGCCGGUAAAGGAGGCCAUGGCUCGGUUCCGUAAGAACCUCGACUCCAUCGUCAGCGUGAUCGCCGAGCGCAACAAGAAUAAGAAGCUGCCUUAUUACUACUUGUCCCCAGACCGGAUUCCCAAUAGCGUGGCCAUCUGAGUAGCCGCCUGAGCCUGUCUCAUUGCAGGACGCCCAGCUGCUCAAGGCUGGGCUAGGCUCCCAGACUGCAGCCUGCCGGGCUGGGCGGGCUCCUGGGGCCGCCAAGGGGUGGGCCUUCGGAUUCCUGGGAAGUGGCCUGUGGGACCCAGGCUCCUGGGUUCAAACCAAACACUCCCCAGAUUGGACCACAAUGUAGCUCAGCUUUGGAGCAUUUUCCUGUUUGUUCCUCAGUCUUUAGCAAAUGCCACACUUUGAUCAGAGUAUUUAAAGACUGCAGGGACCUUUCCUACACAGAACAGGACUGUGCCCCUUCCAGCCCUUUCACCCAGCUCAGCACUUCAUGGGAGGCAGUCCAGAAGAGCAGCACAAGUGAUGGAUGUUCUUGCUGAGAAAUGGGAAGAUGAUUUUCUGUUCUAUUUAUGCUUAGUCCCAUCUCUUGCAUACAGUAGGUACCCAGAUAAAUUCUUGUUGAAUGAAUUAAGAACUGGUUGUUAUAAAAAUAAAGGAGUUGGUUCAAA